ACGUCACCGCGGACUGCAGGGGCCGGAGCCGCCGCCGCACAGCCCCGCACAAGCGCUCGGGGGGUCCCGCCGCCGCCGCGCAGCCCCGCACAAGCGCUCGGGGGUCCCGCCGCCGCCGAGACAGUCCCGCCGCCAGGGCCGCCGCUUGGGUGCAGGCGAGAUGGCGUCCGCCACCGACGCCCGCUACGGGCAGAAGGAGUCGUCGGACCAGAACUUCGACUACAUGUUCAAAAUCCUCAUCAUCGGGAACAGCAGCGUGGGCAAGACGUCCUUCCUGUUCCGCUACGCCGACGAUUCCUUCACGCCCGCCUUCGUCAGCACCGUGGGCAUUGACUUCAAGGUCAAGACCAUCUACCGCCAGGACAAGCGCAUCAAGCUGCAGAUCUGGGACACAGCAGGUCAAGAGCGGUACCGGACCAUCACCACAGCCUACUACCGAGGUGCCAUGGGCUUCAUCCUCAUGUAUGACAUCACCAACGAGGAGUCCUUCAACGCUGUGCAGGACUGGUCAACCCAAAUCAAGACCUACUCAUGGGACAACGCCCAGGUGCUGCUGGUGGGGAACAAGUGUGACAUGGAGGAUGAGCGGGUGGUGUCAUCAGAGCGCGGCCGGCAGCUAGCCGACCACCUGGGGUUUGAGUUCUUCGAGGCAAGCGCCAAGGACAACAUCAACGUGAAGCAGACUUUUGAGCGUCUGGUGGAUGUCAUCUGUGAGAAGAUGUCCGAGUCGCUGGCCACGGCCGACCCCGCAGUCACCGGCGCCAAGCAGGGCCCGCAGCUCAGUGACCAGCAGGCGCCCCCCCACCAGGACUGCGCCUGCUGAGGCUGCCUACCCCCCUGCAGCCAGGCGUGGACCCCUGCCCACCACUCCACCCCUCACCCCUAUUUAUUCUCGUAGCUAUUUAUUUAUUUAUCGGAGAUGUUCCGGGCCCCAAGCACCCCACGUCCCUGCCUGUCCAUGUCCAGCCAUGGUGUUGUGGCCCUGUGAACCCCCUUGCCCACCCCCUACCCUGGACCCCUUUUUUAGGUAAUUCACCUUCAUCAACAAGUUGUCAGUUGUGAGGGGGGCCUGGCACCCUGGAGCAGGCGAUGGGGCGGAGGGAGGGUGAGGCUGCGGGCAGGGGCACCCCGGACAGAGCUACGAGCCGCCCCCUCCCCAGGAUCUGUCUUGGGGACACUGUCCCCAGCACCCCCCAACCUGCUCUGAUGUCAGGAGUGUCAAAUGCCUCCCCCAGCCCCCCCCAGGCUCUGUCACUAGACACACAGCACCUAAUAAAGUGAUGGGCGACGCCCGCGGC